AUGGAGUGGCAUGGAACUUUUCCAUUGAAUGUGAUCGAUUCUAAAAAAGAAGCAUACGAUUCAGCUGAGCUUUCGCUUAAACAGGAGUCUUAUGCUGUUUCCACAACAUCUGAUACCAACGGGAGCCUACAUGAUGUGUCGGUUGACGGACCGCUUGGAUCAGCGCCCAAAGAAAACGAAAGGUUUAAUGGCUUGUCUGAAGACGAUUUAAAAGACAAAGUACUGCCCGAUCACCUCAAGGAAGGUCUGGACAUCGUCAUCGUAGGUAUCAAUCCAAGCUUGGCUUCUGCGCACGUUGGUCAUCACUACGCUGGACCUGGAAAUCACUUUUGGACAUGUUUAUCACAGGCCGGACUAGUUCCAAUGCCUGUCACUUGUUAUGAUGACGAGAGAAUGCUAGACUACGGCAUUGGAUUUACCAAUGUAUGCACUAGACCCACCAAGGGCGCUGCGGAGUUAACUAGAAAAGAGAUGAAGGCUGGUGCAGCCAUAAUGUUAGAAAAAAUGCGAAGGUUCAAGCCGAAAAUAGCGGUAUUUAAUGGAAAAGGCAUUUAUGAAGCAUACGUGGGUCACAAAAAUUUUAGCAUGGGUCGACAGCCGACUCCUUUGGAGGGUACAGACGUCGUAAGUUCCACUUACGUUUAUUCCCAAAUGCUUUUGGACAGUUUCUCGUCUCCUUCUGUGAUUACGUCAAUUCACCUAUAUUGA